CGCCCCGCCCCGCCCGCCGACGCCGCCGCCAUGGUGCGGGCCGCGCCGCCGCUGCUGGCCCUGGCGCUGGGGCUCCUGGUGCUGGCGCUGCCGGGGCUGCCGCUGCCGCCCGGCGGGUCCCCGGCCGCUCUGCUGGGCCUGGGCGGCGCCCUGCUGCUGGGGCUGCUCCGAGCGCUGCUGCCCCGAGCCGCCCGCCCCGUUGACGGGAAGGCAGUGCUAAUAACAGGCUGUGACAAAGGCUUUGGACAUGCCUUGGCAAAGCAGCUGCAUGCACAGGGAUUCACUGUCUUUGCUGGCUGUUUGCUGAUGGGUGAGAAUGGACAUGGCACCAGGGAGCUGGAGAGCAUGAAAUCAGAUCGCAUGAAAGUGCUGCAGCUAAAUGUGUGCAGUGACCAAGAAGUGGCUCAGGCUGUGGAGUUUGUGAAGAACAAUCUGAAGGAGCCGGAGAAAGGUCUCUGGGGCUUGGUGAAUAAUGCUGGAGUAUCAGCCUUCGGAGAGGUGGAAUUCACAAGCAUAGACAAGUACAAGGAGGUGGCUGACGUCAACUUGUGGGGAACUGUCAGAGUGACCAAGGCUUUCCUGCCCCUUGUUCGCAGAGCUAAAGGUCGUGUGGUGAACAUCACCAGCAUGUUAGGGCGGAUGGCCAGCCCUUCCCGCUCCUCCUAUUGCAUUUCCAAGUUUGGCGUGGCAGCCUUCUCUGACUGCCUCCGGCAGGAAAUGUACCGCUGGGGAGUCCGCGUUAUCCUCAUUGAACCCAGCAACUUUGUAGCUGCUACUGGUAUUCUGACGCGUGAGAGCAUCGAAGCCCAAGCAGAGGAGCUGUGGAGAGGAGCCAGCAAAACUGUCCGGGAAGACUAUGGGAAACCCUAUUUCACACGCCAGAUAACCCUGAUGAAGACGUUCAUUAACAGCGGCCUGAAGGACAUGUCACUCGUCCUGAACGACAUCACGGAUGCGCUCACUUCCAAGUACCCUUACACCCGGUACAAUCCCAUGGAGGCCCACUGGCGCGUGAGGCUGCACGUCAUGACUCACCUGCCCACUGCACUUGCAGAUUGGCUGUAUAUUUACUGAGCCACACUUUAAAUAACUGGCCUGACAGCACCCACUCACUGUGUGUAUUCGGAUCUUAAAACUGAUCAGUGGUAGCUAGAGACGGACCGGCUCCAGAACACCACGUCUCUCUGCACGAGGUGGUUUGGGCAGGAUCAGGGCUUCGGCCCACAUCUGUGUUGUGGAACACUGAGAAAAGACAGGGUCUGGCCUCUUCCUAGUCCUCACUCCGUCAUACUCCCUGCUGUUCCAAAGGCAUUUUCCACUGCGCUGAGGAGGAGGCAGGGGAAGGUUUGUUAUAAUGGGACAGAUCUGUUCCUGGUGUAAAGAGGCCAGCUGAGCUCCCUCCAGGAUGGAUUUCUCUCAUUAAUGGGAUCUUGCCAAGGGCAGGUCAGUUGUGGCAAUGCUCGUAGAUAUCUCAAAGAAAAGAGCUAAAAUGGGAAACAAAAGCAGCGUUUUCCAUUAGAUCAGAACUAGGUCAGUCACAACUUCUCUGCUCCCCGUCCUCGUGAUAUUGCUGAGUCACACGGCUCCACAGCCGUCUCUAGGGAUAACAGCAGCAUGACCUCUAAAUGGCUUAAUUGUGCAGGGUCAGGUUAGGAAAAAACUAGACAGCUCCGCAAGUGCAAAAUCUCAGUAGAGAGAGGCCGUCCUCUCCAGGCACUGUAACCAGGGAGCAGACAUGGGCUGGGAGGGAGCAUGUCUAAAGGGGUUUGGACCCUUCCCUGACUCUCUCACUGGCUGCUGGAGUGACAGGCCCUGAGACCAGGCCUUAGAUAGCCCUAGAAAUGCCCCUUCGUGGGCAGACUUUCACCGCUGGAAGACAAACAGGCACUUGGCUUCUGGCCCAGUUUUGGAAUAAAACCACAUUAUUCCCAUUGCUCCCAUCUGGCACAGCUGCUCCUGCCCCUCUGCCCCAAAAGACACCAGUUGUUCCUACUGAGAAUCUCCCACCCAGAUCCACUGCCCUGGGGAUGGGCCGGGCAGAUUGUCACAUCCCGUCCGUUGUGACAGAGUUCAUGGAUCCUGCCGUAGCUUGGCUCACUGGAGCCCAUGGAGAAAGCCAUGCUGACCAAGCCAGCAGCGUGGAGAUUUAUGGGUUAAUAAUCCCUGUCAGGGGCUUGAGCAUCUCAGCUGUGCACCUGGCUGAGCGAAGGCUCUCAUGCAGCUGGGCCUCCUUACUGCUCACUAGAGGGCUGGAUGAGGGCCCUCAGAGGGAGAAGCAAUGGUUUGCUGAUCAAAAGUCAGGACAGGGCUCUCUGGAGAUGGGUGGUGCUUCCUGGGAGCUUGGCUGGCAGUUCAGUGUUGAGGUCGUUAACUCUGUGAAGGGCUGUAGCCAGGGACUGUGCCAUUCAGGUCAGGUUAAACAAGAACCCCUGUAGGAAACAGCAGAGAGGGAUUGUUGUUGUUGCUUAACCCAGGGUGUCCUGUGAGCACUUCCUGAUCAUGCAGCCCCCAGCCCUACUGCUGUCCUGGACCCCCUCUGUGUUGAGAGGGUAGGGAUGCCACGAUCACUGGGUGCUCAGUGUGCUGGGGAAAAUGAGUUGGGGUGGGGGAGGUUCAGUCCAGCUCCCAGUGGGUGGGUGUCCCCAGCACAAAUAGCAUCCUCAUGGCUGGCACUAGCUGGCCCCCCUUUGGCCCUGCCUAGCCUGCCUUCUCAACAACCCCCAGACACCCACACUGAAUAAGAACCAUCCCCACAGGACACUGAAAUGCCUGGAUAGUCUGAGUACAAAGCCUGAGUGGAUGCUGCAAGGGGCACCAUUUCUUUCCUUUUAUUAAUAUUUCACAAUGAAAUGGCAAUAUGACAGUAAGUGUCUCCUCAGAAACCUUCCUAGUAUCUCUGCAGCUAGUGAGAGUAGAUGUGUCUGGUGGCUCGGGGAUGGGGCCUGUUGUUCGUAGCAUCGGGGUGCUUUGUCUUUGCUAGUGCUGGAGUUGCUCAGCACCUCACCCCUUCUCUAAGGAGUGACUGCUUGUAAGACCAUGAACUGACUCCCGGCACUGCUGGUCAGGCUGGGGAUCGAUCGUCCAACUUCAGCACAGGUAUACAGCACACACGCCCCCUGCUGCCGCUGUUUGUUCUGUUUCAAACUGAUGUGAGAUCAAAGUGAAUUUCAAACCAGUUUUCAGAGUAGCAGCCGUGUUAGUCUAUAUUUGCAAAAAGAAAAGGAGGACUUGUGGCACCUUAGAGACUAACAGAUUUAUUUGAGCAUAAGCUUUCGUGAGCUACAGCUCACUUCAUCGGAUGCAUUCAGUGGAAAACCAGUUUGUCACUCAUCCCGACCCUGCCCUCCUACAUGAGUUACAGCAUUUUAUAGGACUCAGAUUGUACCUGUGGCUGGAUUCCAAAUCCAGCUGUAAAUGCUGUUUGAUGUCGUGAAACCUCUUGAGGGUAAGGGAGGCGUCACAUGGAGCUUGUGUGGAGAGGGCAUGUGUUAUAAAUAAGGAUUGGAAACGCUGGGCUGUAGGGCUAUUUUCCAUUGCAGAUCACAAGUGUACAGAGAAUGUCAGGGAUGCAGGAUGCCUGUUACUGGAAAAGAUAAGAUACCCUGGUGUUAAGCUACAGCACUGCACGUCUGCUGUCCUCUGUAUCCUUUGUGUCACCUGCACUGUGAAAUUCUGGGAACACUAAGUACCACUUGAUUACACAGAAGGGAAAAUAAAGGAGAUUUAUAGAGAACA